AUAUUAAUAAUAUAAUAUAUUUAUAGUACUUAAUAAUUGCCCAACACACAGACAGUCUCAAAUCAUCUCCUUUCACUCUGUUUCUCUCUAAACCCUGGACCUUUUAUUUACAUCAAUUUUUCCUUGGGAGAUAAAAAAUGGCAGAAUCAAGCGGCUGUUGCCGGUGCUGCUUCAGCUUCAUCUUCACUCUUGGCCUCACAGCCCUCUUCAUGUGGCUCAGCCUUCGCACCUCAAAACCCACCUGCAAAGUCCGCUCAUUUUACAUUCCUGCCCUCAACAGGACACUAAACGACACCACAAACAAGACCCUCUACGUCACCCUCAGGCUGGAGAACCGCAACAAGGACAAGGGAAUUUACUACGAUGCCCUCAACCUCACUUUCAGUCUGCCCAACGCCAGUAAGCCCAUAGCUACUUCUGCUGUGUCCAGCUUCUACCAGGGGCAUCAGAAGAAGGCCACAAAAGAUGUGGAGCCCAAGGAGGUCAACUGGACAGCUGUCUCCAAUGCGACCUACCCUAAUGGGACUGUCCAUUUCAGGGUGGAUUUGACCACCGCUGUGAGGUUCAAGAUCAUGUUCUGGAGGACCAAGAGGCACAGGGUGAUGGUUGGGGCAGAUGUGGUGGUCAACGCCUCUGGGGGUUACGUCAACCCCAAGCACAAGAAGGAUAUCAAGCUCUCUGCUGCAUCAGAUCAUCAGAUGAUUAAGUGCCUUCUUGGGCAGGUGGGGGUUUUUGCCAAUUUGUUGGUCUUGAUUUUGCUCAAUUUGUGAUUUUGUUCCACUGGCUGAAUUGCAUUUCAGUGUUAUUUUUUAUUUUUGAUUAUUAUUUUUCUGUUCUUUUUUUAACUUGAGAAGGAAGAAAUUGGUGCUAACUUUUUGUACUAAAAUAUUGAAAUGGA